AUGCACACGCGGCCACUGCUCGCUGAACGGUUGAAUGACGGCCAGUUGCCACACGGCAAGACGACCCCUCACCGCCAUUGCGGCUUGGUUGUUCUGAGUCUGCUCCUCCUCCUCGCAUGCGCGUGGUGCGCCAGCGCCCGCUCCGCUGUCCUGACUGUCGAGAAGGAGACUGUCGAGAAGGAGAGCCCUGCCGUCAUUGCUCGCACCAGCUGCGGUGUCGUGCAGGGGCGGACGCAGGCGGGUGGCGUCGCCGCCUUUCGCGGCAUUCCCUUCGGCGAAGCUGGCCGCUUCCUGCCUCCGACGCCCGCCGCCUGCUGGCACGGCGUACUGGAUGCCUUGGCCGACGGACCGGGCUGCCCUGGCAUGAAACCGCCGUACGGCCCUCCGGCCGUCUCCGAGCAGUGCCUGACGCUCAACGUCUUCACUCCCGUCGCCGCGCUCGGCAACGCCUCCGCCCGGCUCAGCGUCCUUGUCUGGCUGUACGGCGGCUCUCUUGUCGAGGGGUCCGUCGCCUCGUACGGCGCGAUCGAGAACCUGGUCAGCGGCAGCGGCGGGCGGGCGAUGCUGGUCGCGAUGAACUACCGCCUCGGCGCGCUCGGCUUUGCCGCGCUGGAGGAGCUCGCUUCGGCCGACCCUCGCGGAGUGAGCGGCAAUUACGGCAUCCUCGACCAGCAGCUGGCGAUGCGGUGGGUCGCGAAGAACGCCGCCGCCUUCGGCGGCGACGCGGCCAAGGUGACGCUCCUCGGCCAGUCCUCUGGCGGCACCUCCAUCCUCGCCCACCUCGCCGCGCCGGCGAGCCGCGGCCUCUUCCACGCCGCCAUCCCUAGAAGCGGAAUACGUAUUCUAAUCCAACCAGCGCUCGAGUGGACACGCGGACUCGAGUGGUCUGCUCUGCCGUACGUCGACGGCGUCACCAUCACGCGAGGCAGCUUGGAGGCGGCGCGCGAGGGCUACUCGGCGCCGCUGUUGCUGCAGAUGCUCGAGGGCGAGCUCGACUGGCAGCCCGACCCCGCCCUCGCCGCGCUGCGCAGCCGCGCCGACGCGGCCGCCUACAUCGAGGCCAAGCUGACGCCCGGCUUCGGCGCGGCGGCAGCGCGGCUCUACUCGAUCUACGCGGGUGUCGGCGGCGAGAACGAGACCCUGCCCGCCGCGCCAGCUUACGCGCUGACUGCGGACACGGGCGCGACUUGCGGCUCGCUCGCGCUCGCAGUUGAGGCGGGCGCCGCGCGGCGGAGGAGCGGCACCGCCGCCGUCUUCCUCUCCCUCGUCCGGGCGCGGCCGCACCACCCGCUCUUCCUCGAGGACUGCCACACGCCCUCCAUCUACGCCUUCCACCUCUUCGACUUCAUCGCCGCCAUGUCGGUCGGCGCGCCCACCGCGGCGGCGGUGAGCGCCUGGGGCUGGGACCCAGACGUGUCGUACUGGCCCGGGAGCCGGUGCGGCCCCUACCGCCCAGCGCCGGCGGACGUGGCGCUCGGUCGAGCGCUCCUCCGGCAGUGGCUCUCCUUUGCGGAGCACGCGGGCUUCCCCGCCGGCGAGGGCUGGCGUGCGGUCGACGAUGAGCCGGGCUGGCCGGCCCACUAUGCGCACGGCGUCAUUGGCGACGGAGGGCGGACGACCAGCGAGGCGCCAAAAGGCACCAUCGCAGUUCGCACCAAGAGCUCAACGCGCGCGAUACACGAGCACGAGCAACAAAACAACAACAACAACAACAACAAGGCGACCAGGCACGUAACGGUGCAGCUCACCGACCGGUGCGAGGAGGAGUUCGAGGAGGACUGGACCGACAUCGACGCGUCCCAGCUCGCCGACGUGGCUGCGGGCUGGCCAGUCGACGCGGCGCGCGCAGUAAAGGACCUCGCGCAGGCGGGGGACGGGCAGAAGAGCCUCUGCCACAACAGCUUGCGCAAGCGGCCCACGCUGCCCGAGGCGCUGCUGACGCUCCGGCGCUGCUGUCUGGCGCGCAGGGCGGGGCGGGGGUGGAAGACGCUGAGCCGGCCUUUGGAGACGAGGCCGCUGCGGCAGCCGCCCGUGCGCGGCAUGCGCACGGGCGGUCACGCGCAGGCGCGCAUCCAGGGCAACAUGCUGCUCGCCUUCAACACGCUGAUGCCGCGCCUCCACGCUAUUUACGCCGCGCGCUCUGCGGCGGCGCCCGACGGCUUCGAGGAGGUCAUCAACUAUUGGCACCGCGAGUGCGGCCUGCCUACCGAUCUGCGGAGCCAGCUGCACUCGCUGCGCAUCUGGGCGAACGCGGCGAGGCACCACGACGCGGCGAGGUGGAGGAGGGACGGGCCGCGCAGCGAGGGGGAGGCGUCGCGGCUCGUGGCCGCGGUGACGGAGGCGAUCGGGGCGCUCGAGGGGUAA